UGAAAAAACAUUGAUAUCUACUUUACCGUUUUUUCUUAUAUAAAUUGAUAAUUUCAACAAAUUUAAAAAAUCAUAAUCUAUUUGGAAAUGGGCAAAUAUAAGUAUGAAGAUGGAACUAAAUAUGUUGGUGACUGGAAUGAUAAAGGAUUAAAACAUGGAUCAGGGUCAUUAUUAUUACCAGAUGGAUCACGAUAUGAUGGAUCUUUUCAUAAUGGAUUGUGUUCAGGCAUUGGUGUCUUACAUUUUUCAGAUGGUUCUAAAUAUGAAGGAGAGUUCAUGCAAGGUUGGUUUCAUGGACACGGAGUUUUUUGGAGAUCAGAUGGUAUGAUGUACGAAGGGCAGUUCAAAGGAGGACGCAUAUGGGGUCAAGGGAGAGUCACGUACCGUGAUGGUUCUAAUGGAUUUCCUCGUAAUGAAGGUUUUUUUCAAGAUUGCCGACUAGUCAAGCGCAGCUAUUGUCCAGAUGUGAUUCAAAAAGCUCAGAAGCUGUCUUUCAUGGCAAGAUCUGAAAAUAUUUAAAAACUGUAUUUAUCUUUUAGAAAAAUAUAAU